CAAAGUAGUUACAUAUAUUGCUGAAUAAAGUUUUAUUUGUCUGUCGCUCGCUUGCUGUUGGCUCGUCAACAUGAAGUUGCUCGCAAUUCUUUUUCUUGUUGGGUUUGCUCUGUGCGCCCAUGGAUUUACUUUGCGGGAAAAACUGAAGGAAUUGCUAGCAAGGUCCAACGCUGACAUAGAUGAAUCGGAUCUAUCACAUCAUCAUCAUCAUCAUGGCAAGGGACACUGCGUAUGCAGCAGCCAUGGGUGUUGGUGUCACGGCGUUGAUGCCGGUGUAAAAGUGCAUGCGGUGUUGUCUGUUGACGAGACCAGACAUUGUGAUUGCAAGAAAACAGUCAUUGAUGGCACAUUCUUUAUUGGCAAAGAGUGGUUCGAAGAACAAUUCCCAGUCGAUCAAUUCGAAGAUUUUUGCAAAAAAGUCGGUGGCAAAGAAUUUUGUUUCGCGAUUGAUGUACAGGACACCAAAUCAAAAACAUUGAGGGGUUGUCUCCGACUUACACGACCGGAAAGAGUAGAUAUGGGCUGCUUUGGACUUCCUCUUAUGACGUCAUCAGAGGCUUUGGCCAGUUUUCAAGAUCAAAUGGACCAAGAUGCUGAUCUUCCUGCGAUUGGAAUGGAAGAAUCAACAGAGUUAGACAUCACUUUAGACAGAUGCAGACAUCGGUGUUGGUGUUGUUCCCACGGCUGUACUUGCAAAGGAAUGGACGACGGGUACAAAGUUGUGGUAAUUCUGAGCGUGGACGAAUGCCAUCAUGAUGGAACCAAACAUGCAGUCAUUGAAGGCCGCUUUCUGAUCGACAAAGUUUCUUUUAUCAAGCAGUUUCACGACUCCGAGGAUCUAGAUGAUUUCUGUCACAUCGCGGAGGGCAAGAGAUUCUGCUUCGACAUUGACGCAAGCAGAGUCUGUAGCGGCGGUAUCAAAGGGUACAUCAAACUAACCAAACCAAAGAAAGUAGACUUGGGAUGUUUCAAUGUUCCAUUGCUGACGUCAUCAAGUGGGUCAUCAAGUCUUGAUGACGACGAGGCUACGGUAGACCAGACGGUUAUGCCAUACUACGAUGAUGAUGAUGAUGAUGAUGAUGAUGCUGCUGAAGGAAAUGAGAAUCAGAUUUUCAUCGACGAAUAUUAAAAGAACAAUUUCUCAAAUUAUCAUUCUACAUAUCUAUUGUAAAUAAUCACAAAAAUGUGUACUUUUCUUGACAGCUUCCGUGUUUGACGUGUACAUGUGAAUGCCCUCUCCCAUAAAUUAUCUUCUUGAGACCCAUUUGUGAUGGUUUAGUUUUAGAUAAAGUAUCUGUACUGGUCGAUUUUAAA